AUGUCCACAGACGAUAAACGGCUCGAAGAUUCCGAGCUCGCGCUCACGCCAAUAAACGAGCGGAAGCUCAUGAUCAAGAUCGAUUUCCGGCUACUGCCGUGUCUCUGUGUCAUGUACAUGAUUACCUUUCUGGAUCGAGUAAACAUCGGCAACGCCGCUGUCCUCGGCAUGCGAGAAGAUCUCAACAUCGAGUCCGGGACAAAGUACAAUGCGGCACUGAUGAUUUUCUUCAUCCCGUAUAUUCUGUUUGAAAUUCCGUCGAAUAUUCUUCUUAAGAAACUUAGUCCGCAUGUUUGGUUAUCUUUCUGCACCUUUGGCUUCGGCCUAAUCCUCAUCCUGCAAGGCCUCGUCGAGAGCUGGACUACGCUCAUGGUCACCCGCUGGUUCCUGGGCAUGUUUGAGACCGGCAUGCUUCCUGGCUGCGUCUACCUCCUCGGCAUGUGGUACGCGCGCACCGAAGCCCAAAAGCGCUAUUCGAUCUUCGCAACGUCUACCAUCCUCGCCGGCGCAUUCGGCGGCCUCCUCGCAAGUGCAAUCGGGAAGAUGGAUGGAAUCCGCGGGUACAGCGGUUGGCGGUGGGUGUUUAUCCUCGAGGGCUGCGCGACGAUUGUUAUGGCGGUUGUCGUGUGGUGUCUUGUUCCGGAUUUCCCGGAGGAUUGUAAGUGGUUAAAGGAGAGGGAGUUUGAGUUCCUCAGAGAGAAGUUGGCCAAGGAGACUGGGAGGUUGGAGGAAUGUGUCAAACUUGGAUUCAAGGAGAUUGCGGGUGUUUUUAAAGAUUGGAAGAUAUUUGCGGGAGCGUUUAUGCUCCUUGGGCAGGCCGUUGCUGGGUAUAGCUACGCCUACUUUGCCCCGACAAUCAUCCAUACAUACGGCUAUGGGGAAAUCAAAACCCAACUCUACUCGAUCCCCCCCUGGGCCGCAGCAUACGGGUGUACGCUGAUAGUUGCCUGUCUCUCCGACUACUUUCGCAACCGGUACAUCUUCACCAUCGUCCCGCUGCUCGUGGGGAUGAGCGGGUUCGGCAUCCUGCUCAACGUGCACGACACGAACCACAAUCACCUGCAGUACGGCGCCCUCUUUUUAUUGACGUGCGGCUGCUUCAGUACGAGCCCGGUGUUUCUUUGCUGGUUUGGGAUGAAUCUUGGUGGACAUCGACGGAGACUCGUCGGGACGGCCUUUCAGAUUGGGGUUGGGAAUAUCGGCGGCAUAAUCGCAACAUACGCGUUCCUGGAAAAAGACGCCCCACUCUAUCGCAACGGAUACAUCAUCGGGCUCUCGUUCUGCUGCUUCUCAGCCGCCAUGUCGACCCUAUACCUUGUCGGAUGCUGGUACGAGAAUACCAAGCGCGACCGCAUCAUGGCGGAGGGGGGUCCUGACGCCGAGGUCACGCCGGAGGAAGAGGAGGAGCUGGGCGAUUUGGCGGUUACGUAUCGCUAUGCGUAUUGA